AGAAUAGGCUUGCUUUUUUUUCCCUCCCUCCCUCUCUUUUCUCUUUUCCCUCCUCUUUCUAUCGGUCUCUCAUUUAAGAGAGCGAAAAGAACCCCACAUUUGACAAAUACAAACAUACUACCAACCAACUAGUACAACCAUGGCAUCCGCAAGCAGCUCUGCACAGGCCGCCUUCGGGCUGGGCCGGAGGAAGAAGGCUCCCGGCCUCCUGGAUCAGAUUGGAAACUUCUUUGGUGGGGACAAGAAGAGGAAGAGCAAGGGAUCUUUCCGGGGCGCUCUCUCUCCAGGCCCUCAGAAAGCCUCUGCCACUUCCCCACGUAAGCGUGGAGCAGAAAACGCUGUGGUCCAUUUCUUCCGCACUAUCGUGUCCCCUGCCCCUCCUAAAUCCAGGUGGAGAGGACUAGCAGCCAAGAUAGGCCUGGGCGACCAGAAGUCACAGUCCGGUAAAGCCAAGAAGGCCGGUGCAGGGGAAGGCACCCUGACUAGGAUCUUCAAAAUGUGAUGAUAUCAGCAGCAGAGGAAGCAGGAGUGCUUCUCCAGCCAAACGCUGAGGUCCCUUUCUACAACCCCCUUCCAACAGCACGAGGGCAGACGUUCAAGAACUCGGGACUAAAGUGGGGAAAAAAAAAAAAAAGAGGAAGAAAAGGAGGAAAUCUCGUCACCCCUUAAUCACACGUCCCCCUCCACCUCUGAUAACACUCUAAUGUAGCGCUAAAUCCUCCCUCGACUCCCCCAUCACCAACCCCCACCCCACCACCCCACCACCCCUUUUUGGCUGGUAGAUAGCGACACAAUCUGUUGCCCCCUCCCCCGCAUGCUUUGUGCUGAGUCUGUGCAGUCAUCCUCAUCAUCGGUGUGAACUGUUUGCUGAAUUUUGACCCUGAAGCCGCUCACAUGUGCAGCCUGAAUGACCUCCUGACCCCCCGCCGUGGCUCUCCCUACAUGUGCUUGGGUUUCUCUGGACGUCUUCGACAGUUAUCUCUAACACACACAAAAAAAAGAGCGGCUAAAGCGGAGCAGGCCCGGAGCAGAAGAGGGUUUUCGGCCGGUUGCGAGUCCGACUGACUCGACCGUCAUUGCCGCUUGAUGAUUGGACGAAAAGGCCCCGGGUCGUUUCUGUUUUAGCAGAGAGCGGUUUUCUGUCUUGUCGCACUUCGUCUUCGUCGUCGCCCUCGGACCUUUCUUCCGUGUUUAAGUUGUGUCUUGUUAUAGAUUUAACAUUGUUGUGAGAGCCACGUGGUUACUUUCAUUCAACCCCCGUGUCUUCGCCGUAGUUAAGUGUCCUGUCAUGAGUGUGAUGUCGAUCUGUGUUCGUCAUUAGGGCCUAAGGCUGGCUGUGGAUUUUGUGGUAAAACAGUUUUUAAUUUCUAAAACCUUCUAAAUCAGUUUUAUGAGAAUAGUCACUGAACAAAACCAACCAGAUAAAUUAGUCAUUUUCUAACAUGUUAUUUCCUUUUUUCAGAUAACGUCAUUCACUAACGUUCCUCUGCAUAUGUAGAACUAAAUCCCUCUGUAGUGCUCUGUAGUUUCCGCCUUUUAUAAACUGCCAGACUCUGAAUCUGCAGCGUUAGCGCCAGAUUCGGACCUCUCCUCUCUGCUUCAGCGCAGUCUAGGUCUCCUCUCUCUUCGUCUUCACCGUUUCUUACCUUACGCACAUACUGUAAAUUCACAACCGCAAGUGCCUUUUCCUCCCCGACUACCAACAACAACGUGCUGUGUUUCGCCCCCCCCCCCCAAUAACUGGAAGACACAAACAGAAAUUUCAAAAAGGUGCUCUGUGACUAACUCUGUGCAGGUUUUUUCUGAAAAAAACAAAACAAAACAAAAACAACAACAAAAGGCCAGUCGAAGAAGAGCUCGGCACUUCCACUUUGUGCUGUUCGGAAAAACAUCUGUCUUCAAAAAAAAAACAAAACAGCAGGCGUGUGUGACCUGUCAGCGUUCGUCCCUCCCACUGUUUGUGCGUGCUUGAGCCUCCCGAGUGCUGUGCAGUGUUUUCUUUUUCUGAAUGGAUCCUCUGGAUGAAUGUAAAAGAUUCCUCCUCAUUAUUGUUGUAUGUGUAAUAAAAAAAAAAAAAUGACCAGCCACUUAACUGAGAAUAAAAAAAAAUAAAAAUUAUAAAACCACCUCUAC